GCUCCUCAAUCAGACGAUACCUAGCAUACACACUCGCCCACCCAGUUAGCUAGCUACUCUACAAGCUCCGGCCACCGCUCGACGACGACCCGAGACGCGGGGAUCCAGCUGAAGCAGAUCGAAGACCCUCCAGGCUCCGGCCGGUGACGCUGGUCGAUGGCAUCGUCCUUACACUAAAGGUGGCUUAAUUCGAGUCACACUCACACAAGAGAAGAAAAUUUCUCCUACUCAAGGAGAUCUGAGCAAGGUGGCGGCAAUCGAGCUGAAGGAGAAGACCCUCCUGCUGCCGGCUGGUGCCGGUACAUCUCUGCCCGCCAUGCUAGCUAGUUAGCUAGUGGUAGCCAAGUGGAGUGACUGCACAAGAGGCUGCUGUCUCUGACCAAGCACACAUAUAUUUCCGUCUCUAAAGGAGCUAGCAAUCAAUGGCCGAGGCUGCUGUUACUGUGGUGCUUGGAAACUUGAGCAAUCUUGCAAUCCAGGAGACCACGUUCUUGUGUGCAGUCACCCUUGAAGUGGGGCUCUUGAGAGCUGAGCUGGUGAGGUUGCAGGCCUACCUCAAAGACGCUGACAGCAAAUGGAGGUCAGGAAAUGCAAGAGUUGCUGUCUUGGUGAGCCAGAUCAGAGAUGUGGCAUAUGAGGCUCAGAAUGUCAUCGAAGCUGCAGAUUACAUGGAGAAGAGAAACAGGCUCAAGAGGGGAUUCAUGGGUGCUAUCUCAAGGUAUGCUCGCCUGCCGAGUGACUUGGCCACCAUUCGUAAGAUUGGUGUUGAAAUUCAGUGUGUAAGGAGAAAGCUCACUGAGAUUUUUGCAAGUGCGGAUAAUUUGAAAAUUGAUUUGGCUGACACGGUUGUAGUGGUGGAUGAGCUUCCACAGGAUUUCAGUCAUAUGCACCACAAUUCUGAAGAUGAUGUUGUCAUGGUUGGAUUCCAGGAUGAGCACAAUGAAAUAGUGGACAAAUUAGUUGACAGUGAGAAGAUGCUGAGUGCUGUGUCUAUAGUUGCCAUGGGUGGAGCGGGGAAAACCACACUCGCAAGAAAAGUAUACACUUCAUCCAGAGUCAAAGACCACUUUGACACGGUUGCUUGGGUGACCGUAUCUCAAACGUUCAAGGGCAUCAAGUUACUAAAGGAUAUUAUGAAACAAAUAAUAUAUGGCAAAGAAGGCUGUAGAGAAAUUGAUGAAAUGGAUGAGUACCAGGUGGGAAAGAAGAUCCAUGACUUCCUCCUGCAUAAAAGGUACCUGGUAGUUCUCGAUGAUGUCUGGGAAACUGACACAUGGGAGCAGUUGAACACAACAGUUAAUGCCUUUCCAGAUGCAUCUAAUGGUAGUAAAGUACUGUUAACUACACGGAAGGAAGAUGUUGCAAAUCAUGUUCAGAUGCCAACCCAUGUUCAUCCAUUGAAAAAGUUAGAUGAAGAGAGGAGUUGGGAACUUUUUAGUAGGAAAGCUCUACCAUCAUAUAGAAGGUCUGUUAUGGAGGAUGUGGAUGAGUUUGAAAAACUUGGAAGAAAGCUUGCCAAGAAAUGUGAUGGAUUGCCUCUUGCACUUGCAGUAUUGGGUGGUCAUCUGUCAAAGAAUCUAAAUACACAAGCAUGGUCAUAUAUACUAUUGGGUUGGCCAUCAAACAAGGAUACACAGAGGAUGCGAGACAUACUAGCUCGCAGUUACAAAGAUCUGUCAAGUCAUUAUCUAAGAUCUUGUUUUCUCUAUCUUGCUGCUUUUCCCGAGGAUUUUGUAAUAAUCGUGUCAGAUCUUAUUCAGUUAUGGAUAGCAGAAGGCUUCAUUCCCCAUAUACCAAACCAUAAACCAGAACAAAUAGCACACAUGUAUGUAACCGAGUUGGCUCAAAGAAGUCUUGUCCAAGUUGUUGACAGAAGCAAGGGACACAGAUGGAUUGAGAGAAUACAACUUCAUGAUAUCUUACGUGAGUGGUGCAUAGAAGAAGCAAGACAAGAUGGUUUUCUUGAUGUCAAUACUGAAAUUACAGGCCAAGUUAGUGCAUCAUCUUCUAAUACCCAGAAAUUCUAUCGCUCCACUCUCCAAAACUCUGGUGAUCUGUUUUUACAGACAACACUCGAUCUACGAACUCUCAUUGGCUUUCAACUUUCAUCAAUACCCAAGAUGAGUUUUCUACGAGUUCUUCACAUUGAAGAUUCAAGCUUAAGUGGUGCCUCUAGAAUAAUCUAUGGGUGCAUUAACCUUAGAUGUCUCAGGUUGAGACGGUGUUCCGGUUUCGCGCUCACUUCUUCAAUUAGAAAACUCCUGUAUCUGCAAACUAUCGAUUUGGCAAGCACAUGGCACUCAAGCAAGAAUCUCAUGCCAAAAUCCUUCUGGCGUAUCCCGACCCUACGGCAUGUUUACCUUAAUGACGGGUUUCCGCCACCUAAGAGGAGUGUUCACCAAAACAACCUUGAGACCUUCGCCGUUCAAAUUCUUCAUAAUAACAUGGUCAAGUUUGUGAGCCAAAUGACAAAACUAACAACCUUAUCCCUUUGUUUUACCUAUGAAGCUAAGGACUUGUUGUGUAUAUUUGCGAACAUGCCUCACCUAGUUCAUCUUACCAUUGGUCGGUUCCCUCAUUUUCUUGGGCACCGCAGUUGUGGUUACAUUAAAGAAGACCCGAUGCCGAUUCUGGAGAAGCUUCCUUGUCUUGUGGUGUUGAAGCUAGAGGGUUAUCAAGGCAGAACAAUGUCCUGCUCUACCCAGGGAUUUCCUCAAUUACGAGAGUUAGAACUUCAUAUGUCUAAAAAUUUCACUGAGUGGAGCAUGGAGGACGGAACAAUGCCAAAGCUCUCCUACCUGAAACUUCAUGACUUCAAGCGGAUGAGUAGGCUCCCCGAGGGGUUGUUACGCCUUCCCUCCCUCAAGUGUCUGAAGAUGGAUUACAUGCCCUUGAUGUCCGGAGAAGACAGCACAGUGAAGGAGCUGCGACAGAAAGGGUGCCAGGUAGCACUACACCUCUUGCCAUCCUUGCAUUUUUUGUUUGUUUGAUUUUACUACUACAGCUAUUGUUUGCUUGUAAUUACAGUUUCAGGAUCCAGUGCAUUUACCCAAGCUAUUUACCUGUAAGCUGGAUGGACCGAUUGGUGUCCUACCUGAAUCUAUGUAUCUCGUUUUUAUCAAGUACUGUACUAUGCACUAUGUGUUUUCCUGAAUCCAAUGUAACAAUAAGAAUAUGUAGCAUCGGUUAGGCCGAUGCUUCAAGACAGCGUUGUAAUUGUACUAUUCUCUGGUGAUUCA